ACCCCAUUGCUCUGCCACCUCUCACUGCCUUCACUUACAACAAGAUUACUGGCUACUAUCGCGGCUCAAUAAUUGAGCGAUCAGUUUGAUGCUUACAUUUCACCAACCAUGGAGCAGCAGCAGCAGCAGAAAUCCACCGGCCAUACCGCGACGGCAUCCCCGCCUUCACCCGAUAUAACGACCAUUCUCCCCUCCGAAGUUCUCUCCCAGAUCUUUGGCUACCUGGCCCCGCGGGACCUCGCUCAUCUCUUUCCAGUCUCACGACGGAUUCACGAUUUGGCUACGGCUGCGCCGCUUUGGCACCGUCUUGCUUGCGUCGAUAAUUCGUAUAGCGACUUUGCGAAUGGAGAGGAUUAUCUCCUACGCUAUAGACUGCUUCAUUCGCCGUUCAAGGUCCGCGGUCUUCGUGCGCGCGUCGCGUCUCGCGAUGUUAGCGGUCAGUCAACUGCGGCAGAUAGAUCGCUGCCUUUUCUCGUUAACGAGAAACUCGGGUACAAGUCGUUGCCACCGGGUUUAUCCGCCCCGUCCAGCACCCCCUCAGAAGACAACCUCUCGAUAUUCAGCAUCGACAUGCUCGACAGCUCUCGCGGACUCGUGCUCGGAACGGCAGACGAUGCUACCGUCAGGAUUUGGAACGUGUCUGAUUCCUCUUGCGACGAGAAGAGCGUUGCGCAGACGCGCGAACCGGAAUUAGAUGCCGCUGCGAAUAGUAUUGUUAAGGUUGACGCGACGCAGGGCAGGAUCUGGAUUUCUGCCGAUAAUGUUUUGCAAGAAUGGGACAUAAACACGAUGCAAAAGAUCUCCCAGUUCUCGCUAGCAAAUAACAUCGCGGCUCUUUCACCAUCCUCCAUCUCGUCAACUCUUUUGGUAGCUACGCAGGGGUCUGUUCGAUCCAUCGACAUCCGCUCUCCCCAGCGCUCGCAGCUUUUAGCCUCAGUCCCAGGCUAUCCGCUAUCCCUUAUCAAUCCCAGUUUCUCACCAACCUCCAUCUCCGUCUCCGGUCGGUUUCCAUCAAUCCUAACCUACGACCUGCGCAACUUCCCCACUCUCCUCCACUCCGAAUACUCCGGCGCCCACUCGCUAAGCUCCCUCCUCGCGCUUCCAAGCCACAACGGUAUCUUAGCCGCGGGUGAAUACAACGGCCGCGGCACGCUCGAGUUUUUCUCGCCCUCAGAUCCGCAGACGUGGGUUAACAGAUACUCUGCCUCUCGUUCGCCGCUCCUCUGCCUUGCCCAGCCCAGCUGGACAAACGAAAUUGUCUUCUCCGGAUCUGCAGAUGGUGCGAUCCGUUGCUUUGACGUCUCGCGCGACGGCUCGCAUGUGCGAGAGUUGAUCGGGCCCGACACCGACCUCCCACUGCAUGUCUCCACGCGGGACUCCUUCUCCGGCGACGGAAUCGAAAUCCUAAACUCCCCCGCCACAAGCGAUCUCAUCAUGAUUUCCCAAAUAAUCCCCUACUCGUCCCACGAAUGCGCGCUCCUCGUCGACGGGAAACUCAAGAUCCUCGACACGGGCAACAAAUCCGAGCGCGAAGAAGGCGAGCGCGAGGUCAGCGAUGAGGAAAUCGUGCAGAUGCAGAUGGACCGGUAUAUCAGACGCGCAGUCAGAAAGGAGAUGGCGGGCAUGCUCAAUUUGAGCUCGUUGUUUGUUUCUAUUUGAGUUUUUUUGGUUGGUGCUUUCUGCUGUAGAGAGAGAGCAGAUGUAUACAAGCACAUUCAUGUUUUUUCUCUGUUUUCUUUUUGAUACUUGGUUUUGGCGCUCUUGAUUUUUGGCGCUCUUGUCUUUACAAAUUCAUAGUUACAAAUUCUAUUCUCGUAACCAU